AUGGGGUCGCUCGGCAAUUCGCAAAAUACCAGAGUGGCCUUCAUCGGCCUCGGCGCCAUGGGCUUCGCCAUGUCGACGCACCUCGUGCGUACCGGCUUCCCCGUCACGGGCUACGACGUCUACGGCCCCACCAACGACCGCUGGGCUGCCACGUGCGCCGAGAUCCCUGGCUCGCGUUACAGCAUCGCCUCCUCACCCGCCGACGCCGUGAAGGAUGCCGAGAUCGUGCUACUGAUGGUUGCCAACCACUAUCAUGUCCACAGCGCGCUUUUCGAGGGCGAAAACGCCGCAGUAAAGGCUUUGCCAAAGGGCAUCACGGUCGUUGUGAUGGCGACGAUCCCCCCUACGCAGCCGACAGAGAUCCGGAGACGGUUGACUGAGGAGUUUGGCCGUGCGGACGUACAAUUGUGCGACUGCCCUGUCAGUGGUGGUACGGCUAGGAGCAUCAAUGGCACUUUGACGAUCAUGGCAUCCAGUGACGAUCCAGCCAACUUGGAAGAAGCCAGGUUCAAGGAUGUCCUUGGUAACCUUUCUAACAAAGGCGCCACGCUGUACGUUAUUCCCGGUGGUCUAGGUGGUGGCGAGUCUGCAAAGGCGUUGAACCAGGUUAUGUGCGGCAUUCAUAUUGCGGCAGCGUCUGAGAUCAUGGGUCUUGCGGCCCUUUUCAAGAUCGACACGCAGGCGUUUUAUAACCACCUUACUUCGUCGGAUCCUUCGUGGUCCACCAAGAAGAACAUUGGGUGGACGUGGAUGUAUGAGAACCGAGGGCCUCGUAUGUUAUCUGCCACACCGCCCUUAGCCUCAGCAACUGCCAUCAUCGACAAAGACGUCGGAAUUAUCAGAGACGAGGAGAAGCGCUUGAACACCGAAUUGCCUCUGUUGAAUGCGGCCAGUGAUAUCAUUACGCAAGUAAUGAAGACACAUGCUAGCGCCGAUGACAGCGUGAUUGCUCAGUUUUACCUUGGGAUGGGCUCUCCGAGACAGAACGCCGUCGUCGAGCACAACGGCAAGUCAGCAGACACCCAAGAGCAGUAUAACAAAGUACUCGCCAUUUGUGCGGCUCUGAUCUGCUUGAAUUCGGCGUACGAAACGACCCAGUUCGCCAAGGCCUUGGAUCUGGUGGGUCCGCAGCAGAGGAAGCAGUGGUUCAGCAUCAUCUCCGGCGCUGCUGGAGGAAGCACCAUGUUCGCUGAAGUUAUUCCCAAGUCGUUUGCCGAUAGCGAUGGAUCUGAGGCAGCCUUUAAAAAGUUUGCCCAAGAGAAGCUCGGCGUCGAGGCUGCAAAGACCACCGAAUCCAUCAUCGCGCAGGCAAAGAAGGAGGGCUACGAGCCCAAGCUCCUCGAGAAAGCUUUGGAGUUUUUCCAGAAGAUCGUUUCAUAG